UUUAGUAUAGCUGUGUUGUAAUAUCAAAAUGAGUCAUCUUCUUGCUUUUCUUUCCAGUCCACUCUUUGUGCGUGAGAUGCCAUAAAAAGCAUGCAUAAAUAUAAAGAUCACAUUGGGAAGUAGCUAUGGUUAGAGUCGGACUUCCCAUUUCUUGUGGCUUCAGCGCUGUAAUGUCUCAUUGGUUUACUGCUCUUUCAGUAGAGACACACACAUUUACACAGAACAGGAAAUAAGAUUGAGGCAGACGAGCAGAAACGUCCAAGCAGCGGUUCGAGCUGUGCGACUCCAGCUCUCUGCAUACACAGCUGCUUCAGGUCCGUCUGAGAGACAUUACGAGGGAAUUUUUGGAAACAAAAUCAGCUCCAUGAUGUCCUCACAUUAACUCAGAGGCCACACGCAUGCACCAGAGCAUGGAGCUUGUGUCAGUGCAGUAUGAGUAUGAGUACACAGCGAAGGAUGGUCACCAUGUUUCCAUCAAACCUAAUGAAAGCUACAUCCUGGUCUCCAAGACGAAUGAGCACUGGUGGCACGUCCGCAAAGACCUGGACACCAAGCCCUUCUAUAUCCCCGCACAGUAUGUGAAAGAAGUCCAAUCGCAUACUGGAGACUCCCCCGGUGCUAAUAACAGUAAGCUGCUGGAUAUCACUGAUGUAACACCAUGUAGAGGGACUACAGUGAUCCGUAUGACAGCUCUGGAUCCUUCAAGAGAAACAUACCGGUUCUCCACUUUUGGUUUAUGUGAAAACAUACCAGAUGUGAAGCCCAGUGAGACUCUGAAAGAAGGACAGACCACCAGCAGCUCUGCACCUUCCCAGGAUAAUACAAAGACGCACAAUUCAGCAUUUACCUCAGCACCUCUGAAAACUGACGGCCUGCAGCUGUAUGCAAAACCUCAUCCUGUGUCAAAGGUCGGGAAAGAACAAAAGCGGCCAAAAAGCUUACUGCAGGACGAUAAAGUAGAACAGCCACAGACUUUUGUGGAUGAUGAGGACAUGGACUUCCCUUCACCCCCUAGUUCACCCAUAUAUGACACCAUACCAGAGAUAAACAUCCAAGACUUUGACACAUUUUCUGAGCUGCCCAGUCCUGUCCCUCCAGAUGACGUGUCAGCAUCGCAGCAGCAGAGUUUGAAUCAAGCCACAGAAGAAACUUCAUCCACAGAUGCUCUUUCUAUUGAGCAGUCUGGGUGUAAGGUCACAGAUAAAUCUGAGGGUGUCAGGAAACGACUGUUGGCUUUUCUGUGUGGGGUGUGGAGUUUGCCUACGUGGGUUCUCUCAGGGUACACUGGCUUCCACCCACACCCCAGAGACAUGCAG